AUGAAUAAUAAGCCACUUAUUUUGAAGCCAUGGACUGUUAAUUUUGAUUUUACCAAGGAAUUUCUAACUGAAAUUCCACUGUGGGUGAAACUACUUAAUAUCCCUAUGAGUUGCUGGGGAGGGCAGUCUUUGAGUAGAAUUGCAAGUGCUCUUGGCAAACCAUUAUAUGCAGAUGAAUGCACCUCAAAACAAAAGAGGAUCUCAUAUGCUAUGAUGUUAAUUGAGAUUAAUGUCACUAGAGCAUUGCCAACAAGUGUCACAAAAGUUGAGAAUGAGCAACACUACUGUGAACAGCCUAGAAGAAGGAGGAGGCCAGCUGCACCACUUACUGCACAGGAAGGCCCUCAACAAGCAGAGAAAGUGGUACAAGAGUGGAGAGCUAAGAAGCAGAUAAAGGAUCUUCCUACUGUGGUAGUAGGAGCAGAUCAACAAGGGGAAGAGAUAAAUGACAAGCAGCCUAUUGAUCAAACACAACAGCCUAUGGAUCAAACACAGCAUGCUCUAGCAAGAAUUAAAGAUCUAACACCUGGUAGGGUGAUACAAAGCACUCAAAAGAGCCCUGAACUGAGCUGUAUCAGGGAGUUCCCAGCUCUGGCUACUAGUAUACUGAGAGGGAAUAGAACAGGGGAGUACACAGGUGGAAAGGUGUACACAGCUAAUAGUGGGCCACCUAUUAGAAGUCAAGGAGAACAGAGCCAACAGAGUAUUCAAAAACAUCUUACCUGGUUGGGAAAUUCAGAACAUUACCAGAAUGCAAUUAAUGGGAGGAUUUGGCUGACAUGGGAUCCUAAGGUAUAUUGUAUUGAUGUUGAAAAAACAGAAGCUCAAUUAACUCAUUGCACAGUAAGGGGGAGAAGAGAUGGAUUUGAAGCUUGCCUUACACUAGUGUAUGGUUUCAACACAGUUAAACAAAGGAAAGCUUUAUGGAGUAAUCUGAAUGACAUUUCAACAAAAGUGGCAAAACCCUGGAUAAGUGGUGGAGAUUUUAAUGCAAUGCUGUAUACUCAAGACAGAAUGCAUGGCAAUCCAGUAGCAAUGAGUGAAAUAGUGGAUUUCUCAUACUGUAUUCAUAACCUGUUUCUAAAUGAACUGGCCUGGAAGGGUGAGUACUAUACCUGGUCCAAUAAACAGCAAGGGAAUGACAUGAUACUAAGUAGAAUUGAUAGGGUGUUUGGUAAUGACCUGUGGAUGACUAACUGGGGGCAUGUGUGUACUGAAUAUGAUGUGCCAUUGAUAUCUGAUCACUCUCCUAUGCUGCUGAACAUCAAGUCCAUGAGAACCACUACCAAAUCACCCUUUAGAUUCUUUAAUGUAUGGACAGAUCAUAAGGAGUUUGGAAAUAUAGUGAAGUCUAUAUGGAACAAAAGAUUAGCAGUGGAUGAUAUGGAGAAUGUAUGGAAGAAGCUUAAAGCUCUGAAGCCUUUAUUCAAGAAGCUAAAUGCAGAUGAAUAUAAGGGAAUAACAAAGAGAAUUGAAGAUGCAAGAAGUGAUCUUGUUACAGUCCAAGAAAAGAUGCAAAGCCAAUAUAGUGACAGUCUACUAGAGCAAGAGAAGCAAACUCUUCAACAACUAGGGAAGUGGUCUCUAAUUGAAGAGAGUAUUUUGAAACAAAAAUCAAGAGUUAAAUGGAUUAAACUGGGGGAUAUCAAUACCAAGUAUUUUUCUGCCAUUGUAAAAGAGAGGAGCCAUAGAAAACAGAAACUGGAGCUGAUUACAGAGGAUGGAUGGAAGGUUAAUGACCAGCUAAGUUUGAUUGCAGAGGUGACAGAAGAUGAAGUAUAUAAGAGUCUAUGUGCUAUACAAGAGGAUAAAGCUCCUGGGGUUGAUGGAUAUAAUUCAUGUUUCUUCAAGAAAGCAUGGCCUAUAUUGAAGCAGGAGAUUGUGCAAGCAGUGUAG